AUGACUCUCACCACUCACACAGGUACACUUACCUUGGACACAUUAAUCACAACCUCAUGGGCAGGGACCCCCUCAGUUUUGACUCAGGAUUUUCCACACUCAGAGAUGACCACCCUUAUGAGCAGAAGUCCUAAGGAUGUGUCGAGCCCUCCCUCUGUGGAAGAAACCAGCUUUUUCUAUUCCCUAGUGCAUAUCCCUGCCACAACCUCAUCCUCCUCUGUUUCAUCCACAUUACCAGAACCCAGUCCCUCCUCUCCCCUUCCUGUGACCUCAACUCUCACCUCUGACCCAGUGACAAUCUCAACAAUUUUGAGUACAAACUUGAAACCUGGCACUAGUUCACCUUCAAGUUUGAGCAACGCUUCAGUUGAGAUAAAAUCCACUUCAGAAACCACCACUAAUACAGAGGCAAUUCACCUUUCCACAAAUACAACGACCACUGUGAUGACUGCUAGUUCCAGACAUGAAUUGGUUUCCUCAGUCCCAAUCCAUUCAGAGCUAUCCAGAACCACAUAUGCAAAGGUUACUGCCUUUUCAAUGGAGGACACCACUAUUCCCAUGUCAAUGCCUGCCUCUUUGGAGACGACAAGUUUUGAGACAACACCACUUUCUCAUCUGACUCCUGGAUUAAGGGACACUAGUAGGUCUCUGGACAGUGGCUCAGCCGUACCAACAUACACACCUGCAUCUCCUGUGUCCACUCGUCUCUUGAAGAAUCCCAAGACAGAUACCACCUCUUCUGUGACAAUACCAAUCCCAGAUCAGUCUCCAUCUUCACAGUCAUCUGAAACUCCUGUGGAAGCAAUCACUCACCUUUAUGCUUCUCCCUCUGUUACAGGAUCUCCUGGGGAAACUUCCCUCCUAGAAUCUAACCUUACUGCACCUGUAUCAGGAAGCACUCAUCAUCUGAGCACAGAUAUGCCUCCUUCAGCUGAGACCAUCCCAGCUGACAUUUUGAGCCCUUCUCUGCCAGAGGCCAUGGCUUCCUUUGGUACGACUGGAGUUCUAGGCACCAGCUCAGCUGCCCUUUCAGCCAAUCCAUUCCCUAUGACAGAGUCAAGCCCUGGGGUUGAUACUAUCUCCACCAUUGCAGAAAACCUGCCUUCAUUGGCUUCGACACCAUUCCCCUCUUCCACCUUUACUACCACUGACUCUUCAACCAGCCCUACUGUCCAUGGGAUGACUUCCUCAUCAGCUGCCCCACAUGCAAUGGACACCAGCCUUGGGGCAGAGAGCAGCACAGCUAAAGGACUCUUGAUGAUGGCCAGUACUUUGGAGAUGUGGACCCAGCCAAUCAGGACAUCUUUAUCACCCAUUGAAGAUACCAGAAUAACAGAAAGUGUUGACUUGGGAACACUGACAAGUGGUUCUCAAAUUCCUUCACGCUCAACACCAUUGACAAGGACUGAUGGCAUAGUGGAGCCCAUCAUAAAGAUACCCAAUGAAGCAGCACAUGUAGGCAGCACAAGACCAACUAGUUUCUCUCAAGCAUCUACAUCACCUGCUAAUCCCAGAGGACUAUCCACAAGAGGGACAGAGAGGGCAGAGACCACCAUCCCAGCUUUGAAGGCCACAGAAGGCAUGGCAAUUCUGACCACCACAGCCUCCACUCCCACCUCAGGAACACUGACUGCCCUCAGGACAUCAGGUGACAGAGUCAGCUCUAGCACAACAGGACUGAUCAUCACAAUGUCAGCUGUUUCUCCUGAUGUUCUAAAGAUAACAGCCUCGCUGGCCACCCAAGCAGGGCCAAAAACCAGCACAGCUGUUCCCAAGACAGCUCUGUCUGUUUUCAAGAGUGAGCCAGAGACUACAACCACGCUGGUCCCUAGUUCUGCAGCAGAGACCAGCCCAGCUCUUGGAGUUCUGACUGAUUCCCCUCGUGAACCAGAGAUAACAACCUCAUGGGUCACCCAUCCUGCAGAGACCAGCCCAACUGUUCCUAGGAUAACCCUGAAUGUUUCCCACAGUGAAUCAGACACCACACACUCAACAGCCACCAGUCCUCGAGCAGAAGCCAGUUCAGCUGUUCCAAAUCCUAGUGCCUCCCUUGGUGUACCAGGGGUAGUGACCUCACUGGUCACUAGUACUGGGGCAGAAACCAAUACAACUAUUCCAACUCCGAUUGAUUCCCUGAGUAAACCAGGGACUACAGCCGUACCAAUCACCCAUCAUGGGUCCCAGGCCAGUUCAGCUAUUUCCACUGGUAAGCAGGGGAUGGUGACCUCACUCGUCACUAUUUCUGGGGCUGAGACCAGUACAACUAUUCCAGCUAUAACUGAUUCCCCAGGUCAAUCAGUGACCACAGCCUCAUUGACCACUCAUCCUGGAGCACAGACCAGUUCAGCUGUUUCAACUUCAAAGGUCUCCUCUAGUGAGCAGGGGGUGGUGACCUCACUGAUGGCUGGUUCUGAGGCAGAGACCAGCAUGGCUAUCCCAACUAUGACUGAUUCCCCUGGUGAGCCAGAUACAACAACCUCAUUGGUUAUGUAUCCUACAGAAACCAGCCCAAAUUUUCCCAGGACAACCCCAGAUGUUUCCCACAGUGAAGCAGACAGCACACCCUCAAUGGCCACCAGUCCUGGGGAAGAAGCCAGCUCUGCUGUUUCAGCUCUGACUGUCUUACCUGGUGUCCUGGAUAUGGUGACCUCAUUUGUCACUAGCUCUGGGGCAGAGACCAGUACAACUCUUCCGACUAUGACUGACUCCUUUCAUGAGCCAGAGACUACAGCCUUACCAGUCACCCAUUCUAGGGCAGAAGUCAGUUCAGAUGUUUCAGUUUUGACUGUCUCCCCUGGUUUACCAGGGAUGGUGACCUCAUUGGUCACUAGUUCUGGGCAAGAGACCAGACCACCUCUUGGAACUCUGACUGAUUCCCUUCGUGAACCAGAGACAACAACCUCAUGGGUCACCCACCCUGCGGAGACUAGCCCAACUGUUCCCAGGACAACCCCAACUGUUUCCCACAGUGAAUCAGACACCACACCCUCAGUGGUCACCAGUCCUCAGGCAGAAGCCAGGUCAGCUGUUCCAACUCUGACUGCCUUGCCUGGUGUCCUGGAUAUAGUGACCUCGCUGGUCACUAGUUCUGGGGCAGAAACCAGUACAACUGUUCCAUCUAUGAUUGAUUCACCAGGUCAGUCAGUUACCACAGCCUCACUGACCACUCAUCCUGGGGCACAGACCAGUUCAGCUGUUUUAACUCCAACUGUCUCCUCUAGUGAGCAGGGGAUGGUGACCUCACUGGUCACUAGUUCUCAACCUGAGAAAAGUACAGCUAUUCCAGCUAUGACUGAUUCCCCAGGUCAAUCAGCUACUACAGCCUCACUGACCACUCAUCCUGGGACACAGACCAGUUCAGCUGUUUUAACUCUAACUGUCUCUUCUAGUGAGCAGGGGGUGGUGACCUCACUGGGCACUAGUUCUGGGACAGAGACCAGCAUGGCUAUCUCAACACUGCCUGAUUCCCCUGGUGAGUCAGAUCCAACAGCCUCAUUGGUCACAUAUUCUUCAGAGAGCAGCCCAAAUACUCCCAGGACAACCUCGAAUAUUUCCCACAGUGAAUCAGACAGCACACCCUCAAUGGCCACCAGUCCUCGGGCAGAAACCAGUUCAGCAGUUCCAACUCUGAGUGUUUCACCUGGUGUCCUGGAUAAAGUAACCUCACUGGUCACUAGUUCUGUGGCUCAGACCAGGACAACUAUUCCAGCUAUGACUGAUUCCCCAGGUCAAUCAGUGAUGACAGCUUCUUUGACCACUCAUCCUGGGGCACAGAACAGUUCAGCUGUUUCAACUCCAACUGUCACCUCUAGUGAGCAGGGGGUAGUGACCUUACUAGUCACUGGUUCUGGGGCAGAGACCAGCAUGGCUAUCCCAACUAUGACUGAUUCCCCUGGUGAGCCAGAUACAACAGCCUCGUUGGUCACAUAUCCUACAGAGGCCAGUCCAAAUGUUCCCAGGACAACCCCAGAUGUUUCCCACAGUGAAGCAGACAGCACACCCUCAAUGGCCACCAGUCCUGGGGAAGAAGCCAGCUCUGCUGUUUCAGCUCUGACUGUCUUACCUGGUGUCCUGGAUAUGGUGACCUCACUUGUCACUAGCUCUGGGGCAGAGACCAGUACAGCUCUUCCGACUAUGACUGAUUCCUUUCAUGAACCAGAGACUACAGCCUUACCAGUCACCCAUCCUAGGGCAGAAGUCAGUUCAGCUGUUCCAAUUUUGACUGUUUCCCAUGGUUUACCAGAUAUGGUGACCUCACUGGUCACUAGUUCUGAGCAAGAGACCAGACCAGCUCUUGGAACUCUGACUGAUCCCCCUCUUGAGCCAAAGACAACAACCUCAUGGGCUACCCAUCCUGCAAAGACCACCCCAACUGUUCCUAGGACAAUCCCAAUUGUUUCCCACAGCGAAUCAGACACCACAUCCUCAACGGCCACCAGUCCUCAGGCAGGAACCAGUUCAGCUGCUCCAACUCUAACUGUCUCUCCUGGUGUCCUGGAUAUAAUGACCUCGCUGGUCACUAGUUCUGGGGUAGAGACCAACACAACUAUUCCAACUACAACUGAUCCCCUCCAUGAACUGGAAACUACAGCCUUACCAGUUACCCAUCCUAGCACAGAUACCAGUUCAUCUCUUCCAAUUCUGACUGUUUCCCCUAGUGGGCCGAGGACGAAAACCUCAUUGGUCACUAGAAACCAGUUCAGCUGUUCCAACUCCAACCAUUUCUCCUGGUACAUCAGGAAUGAUAACCUUGCUGGCCACUAG